AUGGCAAAGACAGCCAUGACCGGUGUAAACAGAGCCCAAACCUCAUCUGAGUUCGUCAAACUUGUGCUCGAUGGCAGAGAAAAACUCAUAUAUAUUACUGGGGAAGAGAAGCAGCCCGGAGAAAAAGAUUCAGGCUUCAAAAACUGGAGGUCAGAAAAUUCCUUGGUGACAGCAUGGCUUCUGAAUUCCAUGGAGGCAGCAAUCGUAAAACCAAACAUGUUCCUGCCAACCGCCAAAGUUGUGUGGGAUUCCGUUCGGCAAACAUACUCAGAUUUGGAAAAUUCUUCACAAAUCUUUGAAUUAAAAUCAAAGCUAUGGCAAUCCAAGCAAGGAGACCAUGAGAUCAUAGUAUAUUACAAUGAGAUGGUGACCCAUGAGCUGGAACUGGAUCAAUGCUAUGAUGAUGAGUGGGAGAAUCCGAAUGAUUGUGCAAGGUAUAUGAAACGUGAAGAGAAUGAUUGUGUCUAUAUGUUUCUUGCAGGAGUUAAUAGAAGCCUAGAUGAGGUUCUCGAAUGGAAGGAAGCAAUCCUAGAAGAAAUGAGGGCGCUUGAGAAGAGCAAAACGUGGGAGAUGGUGGACCUGCCACAGGACAAAAAGACUGUGGGAUGCAAAUAG